AGUCACAGAUCGCUUCGACUGCUUGAGAGAAAUGGCUGAGGCCAGUGUCGGUAACAGGGAUAUUUUGGAGUGUCCUAUUUGUUUGGGUCUUCUGAAUGAUCCGGUGACUCUUACCUGUGGACACAGCUACUGUUUGCGCUGUAUUGAGGACUGCUGGGAUAAGGGGGACCGAAAGGGCGUUUACAGCUGCCCUGAGUGCCGGCAGACUUUUGCUCAACGACCCGUUUUAAACAAGAAUAUUAUACUUGCUGAGCUUGCGGAUCAAAAGAAGAGCAGAAUAGAACCUGCAGCUCCUGUUGAAUGUGCUGCUGGACCUGGAGAUGUGGCAUGUGAUGUCUGCACUGGGAGAAAACUCAAAGCUGUUAAAUCCUGUCUGGAAUGUUUUGUGUCGUACUGUGACAGUCACCUAAAAGCUCACAAUGAACUUUUGGGUAGAAAACACACCGUGAUCGAUGCCACAGGCCAGCUACAAGAAAGGAUCUGCCAUAGUCACAAAAAAGUUCUUGAAAUAUUCUGUCGCACCGACCAGAGUUGUAUCUGCUAUCUGUGUAUGGUGGAGGAUCAUAAAGGCCACGACACAACCACAGCUAAGGCAGAGUGGAGUCAUAAAAAGGAGGGUUUGGGGCAGAGCCAGAGGAGAUGCCAGCAGAUAAUCCAGUUGAAGGAGAAGGAGCUGCAGGAGCUGAGGAAGGCUGUGGAGACUCUCAAGUCUGGUGCACAGACAGCUGUGGAGGAGAGUGAGAGGAUGUUUGCUGAGAUGAUCCGCUCCAUUGAGAGAAGGCGCUCUGAGGUGACAGAGCUGAUCAGAGCUCAGGAGAAGGCUGAGGUGAAUCGGGCUGAAGGACUCCUGAAGCGACUGGAGCAGGAGAUUGCUGAGCUGAAGAGGACAGAUGCUGAGAUGAAACAGAUUUCACUGACUCAGGAUCCCAUCCAUUUCCUGAAGAAAAUGCCGAAGAAAGAGGGGGGCUCCUCGACCACGGCUAGCCACCGUGCUAUCCCGACACCAAGUCAAACUAUCGGUCAAGGGGACGAUAUAAGCAAGCUAAUGGAAGCCAUCACCAACUCCGAGAAAAAGGUAUUGGCCAGGAUCGACACGAUGGACAAAAAAGUUGACUCAAAAUAUCAAGAGCUGCACAAAAUCAUUGACUCUCUAUCAGCGGACUUAAAAGGUAAUAUCUCAGCAGUUCGUGAUGAAGUUUUGGCUGAGAUCAACACUGUGCAAUCAGCCUGCGCUGCUCACGAAGCACAGCUGACUAGCUUGGAAGAAGCUAACAAUGAGUACUCUGACAGAGUGGUGGAUGUAGAAGCGCAACUAGCCAAACUAAAUGACGAAGUGUCCAAAUUAAGCCAAAAGGUCGAAGACCUCGAAGGCAGACAGCGCCGAGACAACAUUCGCAUUCUGGGGGUCAAAGAAACUUUUCAGCUGGGUCCUCGUCCUACGCAGACCGUGGCCAAACUACGUCAAGACUGCCUGAAGUUGGAUGCUGUGCCAACGCUGGAUAGGGCGCAUCGCAGUCUACAACCUGAACCGGGGAAAGGAAACACUCGCCCACGCCCAAAGCUGCAGUGGCCACGAGCUAUUAUCGUCAAAUUCCACUACCACCAGGAGAAGCAGGAAGUGCUACAAAAAGAGGCAGCUACGACAUCUCUCGAGUUUGAUGGACAGAAGAUGAUCUUCCCGGAUCUACCGCAGGCUGUGGUUAAACGGAGGGCUGCGUUUAAAGACACUAAAGAACUUUUACGUCCCCACCACCCUCGCGUCCGUUUCGGGAUGGUUUACCCUGCUAAGCUGAGGAUCACUUCUCCACUUGGAGAAGAGAUUUUUGCCUGCCCGAACGCGGCCAUGGACUACACAUUGGCGAACUUCUCCCAAAUUCCACAAAAUGAGGCGGGCCAGGCUCUUGUUGCUGAACCAGUGACCAGAGGGGACUUUUUACAGUAUUCCUGUCACUUCACUCUGGAUCCAAACACAGCACACACGUACCUCCAUCUGUCUGAGGGGAACAGGAGGGUGGAGAGGAGACCUGAGGCCCAGUCAUAUCCUGAUCAUCCAGACAGAUUUGAUGAAUGGAGGCAGGUGCUGUGUAGAGAGGGUGUGUCUGCACGCUGCUACUGGGAGGUUGAGUGGAGUGGUAGAAGAGUUGAUAUAGCAGUGUCAUAUAAAAGCAUCAGCAGGAAAGGAUCUGGUCUUGAGUGUGUGUUUGGAAGUAAUGAUCAGUCCUGGAUGCUGCUCCUUACCAGCUCCAGCUCCUCUUUCUAUCACAAUAAGCAACAGACUAAACUCCCUCUAGUGGCCAGCUCCAGAAUAGGAGUGUAUGUGGAUCACAGGGCAGGAACUCUGGCCUUCUACAGCAUCAGGGGAGACACAAUGACCCUCCUGCACAGAGUCAAUACCACAUUCACACACACUCUGUACCCUGGGCUUGGGUUAUUUCACACAUUAUUAUCAUCAUCAUCAUCAUCAUCAUCAGUCAAGUUGUUGUGA